AGUGUAGCCAACCUAGGUUACCUCUCUCUCCACGGGGCAACAAGUUUCAGACAAAAUGUCAACACACUUUUGUUUUAAAAAAGAACACCAGGGAAUGUCACAAAUGUGAAAUUAAGCUGGACAUAGCACAGGUUUCGCCUGUUCAAGAAGCUGAAACUGUCUUUAAAUGUACCUUAAUUUAACAAUUCAAUCCAACUUGCUUGUAUAAUAUUUGUUAUUGUUCUACAUAACCUAUGGAAAGUGACAGGAGCCGUCAAAAUGAACCAUUCAAACCACAACUCUUGGUGAAAUAAUGUUAUCCUUGCCUACUGAAGUCCACUUUUGGACUCUCCGUGAAGACAUUACCAUAUCUAAUUCAAAUUUUGGUGCUUUUAGGUACUAUGACAAAAAGAGUAAUGAUGACUCCGUACCAUUUGAGGGCAAGAAGUCAUAUGCUGAGAAGAGAGGACAUGUUUGGGCUCCUCAAAAUAAAAGACCGGUUCGGCUCAAAGAAAAUCUCAAGGAACUUGAGGAGCAUAUGUCUCAACAACGAAUCGUUCUGUGUCAGUGGCGUGAUUGUAGUCUCCUACAAUUAAUGUUCAGUUCAGGCCUGUUUGUUAAUGUCAAUGUGAAUAUUUUCACUGGUGAUCCUAUUUCAAUAACAUUUGAUAAAUUUCUUGUGGGAAAGUUGCUCUCUGACUAUGUUGCUGAUGUUGUUUUGACAAAAUCACACUUAAUUUGUUCAUACAAUGAUAGUCAACUGACUGUGGUUUAUUUUUCGAAACCUACACUAAAACGCAGCUCUCCAAAGUCAUUUAGUCGUCUGGAUCCACGAAUACACUCUGUUGAUCUGGCUGGUCCCACCGGCCGCAGGCUGGAGAGGAAACUUGCUUGCAAUGUCAGCGGAGAUAUGGUGGUUGUAUGGUGGUAUAGUUCUCAUGACGAGGUAUACCCAUGGAGUCCUGUUGUCAAAGACCAAGAUAGAGCUAAUGUGCUUGUGUAUGGUGUCAGUGGACUAAAGGCAGACCUUUUAUGCCACCAUCGUUCAGAGUUUGAUUUACUUUCUGUAUCAUUCAGCCAAAUUCACUCAAAUGUUGUUCGAUCUGUGGAGCAGAAAGUAUCAAGAAAUGGUGAUGUGACUGUCGAGAGUAGCUCGUAUCAAGUUUCACGUGGCAGCAUGCAAAGAACAUCUGCUGCAUCAAUAUCUCUCCCUACUCACGUGUGCUGCCACAGCUUUAGCCCUCUGCAAGAUAAACUCUUGCUGGGUUGCAUAGAUGGUUCACUUGUGCUGUAUGAUGAGGCCUUGGGUGUAACGCACAUUGUAAAAGCUGCUUUUAUUCCUUCCACAAUAUCAUGGCACCCGGAUGGUGGAAUAUUUGUCAUAGCAAAUGAACGCUGUCAGUUUCAAAUCCUUGAUGCUGCUCUGGCUACUUUAAAGCAACAACUUCUGAGUGAAGAUGUCACCCAAAGCAAUCUUUUGGAUAUCACAUCUUAUUUUCGACUUCAGCCAACUCUCAGAACAAUGAAAUGGAAUAAGAAAGCGGAAACAAAUUAUUAUGGUGAAAAGUUUGCAGUUUCAGAUUGUUUACUACUCCUGUUAUUUGAAAGAGGACCAAUUGCAUCAUUACGCUAUGUGGGUGGUGGUGGCUUAUCUGGAGACAUUCACAGUACUGGUGGAUUUACUUUUGAUUCGUUAGUAGUGCAGUACUUGUGGUCAAAUAAUGUAGAUAAAGCAAUAAAUUUGCUCUCGACUCUGAACUGGGAUAUUGCUGGCAGCACUUGCUUGUCCUGCUUACAACGCAUAGUGAAUCAUCUCUUCAAGUUGCCAUUGAACCCUGAUCAUGAAGUUCAAAUUCAAACUGCACUGGGUUGUUUCCACAUGCCCAUUAGACCAAUGUGUCCAGCCACAAUUGAUGAAUUCAAAGCACCAGUCCGUGAUCUGACAAGACGAUUUUUUCAUCUCUUACUGAGGUACAAAUUAUUUGAGAAAGCUUUUAGAUUAGCAAUAGAUCUUAUGGACCGUGACCUUUUUAUGGACAUUCACUACAGUGCCAAACGCACUGGGCAAACAGAAAUUUCUGAAGCAGCUUUCAAAAAGGCUGAGCAGCUCGAUACAAGUUCUUAUACCAGCAGCACAUCAGGGUCAUCACACUCUGAGUGUUCUCGUUCUUCUUGUUCCGAGUGUUCAGACUCACCCAGUGUAGUAUCGGAUUCUGAAGAUCAUGAGCUUGUAGAUGGCUCAAGUAAAUACCAGACUCAGGCAGAAGGAGUUUUAGGAAAAGUUGGAACUGAGAAACAACGGCCUUUCUUGACAACUGAUGUUAAAUCAUUUGAAAAUAAAUCUAAAGUACAACGUCCUCAUCCUCCUUUACCUGUAGUACCUGCAGUGCCAAAUGUUGCUGGGCCAGCUCUUCCUGGAAACCACAGCCUUCCAUAUGAGAUCAGCACUGUUGUGGGAAGCAAACUCUUGUUUUACCCUCCAAUAUGGGAAAGAAAUUCUCCUGGUCCCUUAAAUAUGACUGACGGAAAUGAAUCACUCUACUACAGUCCUAAAGACGUUCCCAAAUCUGUCAAUGAAAAAGUUUUGACAUCUUCUCUUCCGCUUCGUUCAGUGGGAAUUUCAAACGAACGUCCAAAAGUGAAAUUCUGUGAUACAGUUACACAGAUAAUGCUUCCAGAUCGACUGCAUACUUUGCCUGAGGAAGAGGAAGAGCCCCAUGCUUCUUCUCCAUUUCCAAAUGUUAAACCUGACUUGUUGAAAAGUGACAGUGCUUUACUGCAUGAAACUCCCCAGCCUCCGCAUUUCAGUUUUACUCACUCUGCUAAUUCAGUGGGCAUUCCCCUUGUGCCUCCAUCACAGCCUCGCUUGGGGCUUCCUGACAGGAGGCAUUUUGAUCUCAGGGACUCCCUAUUGCCCAGCCACUCGCUUCAGAGGCCUUCCCCCAACUUCAAACCUGCUGUGGCCAGUUCUGCCAUGAUCUGGGCUUCAGGAACUAAUCCAGGAAGGGUAACAACAUCUCAAGGCUUUCACACAUCAAAGACUUCCAUUGGGUCUGGUCCAUCGUCGCUGCCUUUCCAUAAAAUCGUGACUGAUGAAUUGACCCAAGGUAGAGCUAAUUUGAAGCCUGCGGUUUUGGGCAAGUUUGAAUACACCUUGAACCACAGGAAGGAAACCGGGCAAAAUGAUUCUUUAAAUACUGAGGAACUGUCGGCCUUGUUGCCUGGGUCAAGAAAACCACUGUCAUCUGGCACGAAUGCCUUUGAAAGAAAUCUUCACCCUACCUCCUUGGUCAAUGGAUCUGACAAAAGUAUUUCUGUUGAGAAUGACUACUUUAUCAACUACAAUAAUUCUGUCCAUGACUUAUCUGAAGAAGAAGAAAACAAUGGCUCCAUCAAAAUUGUGCAUUUUGGUGUUGUGUGAAAACCUAUGUUAUUUAUUAGGCACCAAGUAACCCUAUAUUUGAACUAUUGUCACUAAAAAUUAUUCCCUUUGCUGAUAAUGUUAUGUGUAUGGGACUUCUUAUUUAAUGAAAGUAUUAAUCGAUGUUAUUUGAUUGUAAUAUUUAUUGACAUGCAAUUCUCUUGUUUGAGUAUUGGCUCUCCUCUUGUGCCAUAGAGAUAAUGGUAUACUAAUGGUUUUAUUGUGACAUUUAUUUUGACCUAUUUUUCUAUGAAAAAUCUUACAUCAUGUGCCUGUAUUGUCAGCAAUUUUGUUGCUGUCUAUGUGAUUCUCUUUCCGUCCAUUUUAAGUAGAAAAGCUUAAAAUUGUUAUCUUAUUUUAAGAAGUGUGUGUAUAUUGUGAUAUAUUGAUGUUCUGGAGAGAUUUUACCUCUAUUUUAUAGAAAAUAUAUAUUUUUUGUACAUAGAUUACGUUACGCUCAACUAAUGUCGGUACGGUUCAGCUCAAAUAAACAGAAAAGUAUUAUUUUUAAACUCA